AUGGCAGCUCAUGAUAAUCGUCAAGUAAAUCACAAAGAGCUCCCACAAAUCCUAGUCCUUGAACCACCACCAAUCAUGAUUUUCUAUGGGGACCAGUUCUUGAAAAACUUUAGAGUGUUAAAAGCAUGGGAGUCACAACUUCCUCUAGACCAGUUCUUGACCAUCCAUGCAAAGUCGGUUCAAGCCCUCCUGAUGUCCCCCCGACAGCUCACCACCAACAUCCUCCAGCUGCUCCCCUCCCUGCAGCUUGUGGUUACAGCCAGCGCUGGCCUUGAUCACAUCGACUUGCCAGAGUGCCGGAGGCGUGGAAUUUCCAUAGCCAAUGCCAAUGAUACAUACUCAGAAGAUGUUGCUGAUAUAGCUGUUGGACUAUUGAUUGAUGUGUUCAGGAAGAUAUCUUCUGCUGACUCGUUUGUGAGGAAAGGGCUUUGGCCUACUAAAGGAGACUUUCCUCUUGGCUCUAAGUUGGGAGGCAAGCGAGUUGGCAUAGUUGGUUUAGGAAGCAUUGGCCAAGAAGUAGCAAAAAGGCUCCAGGCCUUUGGCUGCAGAAUCUCAUACAGCUCAAGGAACAAGAAGCCAUACGUUUCAUACCCUUUUUAUUCUAGUGUUGUUCAACUUGCCACAGAUAGCGAUGUGCUAAUUGUCUGUUGUAGUUUAACCCAACAGACACACCAGAUGAUCAAUAAGGAUGUCAUGUUAGCAUUGGGAAUGGAAGGCGUCAUCGUUAAUGUAGGACGUGGGGAGAUAAUCAAGGAGGAGGAACUGGUGCAGUGCUUGGUGCAAGGGGAGCUGGGAGGAGCUGGUUUGGAUGUGUUUGAAAAUGAGCCUAAUGUUCCUGAAGAGCUUUUCGCUUUAGAUAAGGUUGUGUUAUCACCACAUAGGGCUGCUCACACUGCAGAGACUAUGAUAGCAAUGUGUGAACUUGUGAAAGGGAAUUUUGAAGCUUUCUUGAUCUCAAACAAACCCUUACUAUCUCCCGUCGCUUUGAAUAAUUGA